ACAUUAAAUUACAACGUCUCUCGUCAAAAGAGGGCGUAUGACAUAUCAACAUGGACGCAAUAUUUCACGAAAGGCAAGAGGGAUCAUUAUGUGCCCAGCACUGUCUAAACUCCCUUUUACAAGGGCCUUAUUUCAGCGCUGUAGAUCUGGCUGACAUCGGCCGUGAGCUGGAUGAAGCAGAGAGGGCAACCAUGGCAGAGGGUGACAUCAACUCCCCGGAGUAUCUCCGCUUCCUGCAGCAACCCUCCAGCAACAUGGAUGACAGUGGCUACUUCUCAGUUCAGGUCAUAGGUCGUGCACUCAAAGUCUGGGGGUUGGAACUCGUCCCGUUUGGGAGCACGGAGGCUGUCCAAGCAAAUACCAACCCAGAACGUGAAAAGUCUUUUAUAUGCAACUUCAAAGAUCACUGGCUGACCAUCAGAAAGCUAGGCCGACAGUGGUUCAACUUAAACUCCUUGCUCACCGGUCCCGAACUCAUUUCAGAUAUGUACCUUGGUAUGUUUCUCAUACAGCUGCAGAAAGAAGGUUACUCUAUAUUCGUCGUGAGGGGUUCCCUGCCUGAAAACGAGGCCGAUCAGCUCCUCAACCUCAUCCCUGCUGUUCAGACCCAGAAGCCCCGGCUGUUAACCGACCAGAUCCAACCACAAUCCGGCAGCACGGCAUCGACCUCCACUUCGGGGGCGGGUCCCUCGGGGAAGGGGGUGUUCAGUCUGCAGGAUCUUCAGAAUGCUUUGAAAGCCAAUCAGAGGUCGUUAGAGGGAGGUGGGGGAGCAGGAACGAGCGGCCAGUCAUGGGAAGAAGCCAUGAAACUCGGCAUGCAAGGGCACAAAGGAAUUGACGAGGGUCCUCCAGAGGAAGUUGAUGUAGAAGAUCUCAGAAGAAAAAGACAAGCCUUCUUUGACAGGCAACAAGCAAGUAGCGUCCCUCCUCAGCAACCGACGCCUUCAUCCUCGGAAAACCCCGGCAUAGCAUUAUCCUCACCACAUCCUCACAGUCAAGCCACGGCAGGGAACCCCUCAGAUAUACAGGGACUGGAAGCCAGCGGUGGCAAGACUAACUACUCCGGUCCCGGCGCGGUGGGACGGUCCCCGGAAGCGGACGAAGAAACCUACGUCAAUGACGAACAAAUGACGGAAGAGGCUAUGCUCGAAUUGGCUAUUCAGAUGUCGUUGGGUAGGAGACAACAGGGAGAGCAACUGCAAGGCAGUGGCUCAUGAAUAUGUAUAAGGAUUGUGGUCCUGAGGGUUUCACUUAUGCAGACGAUCUUCCUUUGAGAAUGUUUGAGAAAAAACAUCGGAUUACAUCUAGCAAGGUGCUUCCGUGAGCACAGCAGAAUGAUAAAUAGAUCGUUACGUCGGUCCGGUAGACUGUGGAGUAACAAUUGAAGUAGAGAGGUUUUACAUUCAAACGGAUACUUGCACGCAUUCGUUUAGCUAUCAGCAACCGUUAUCAACCAUUCCGCUGUUUUGCAUCGUGUACGCGUACAUAUAUGCUUAGUUAUCAGAACCGUCAUCAAUAUAAGCAGUAAUCAAAAACAGUAGGCUCUGAUGAAAGCCUCGUGUCUGUGGCUAGUCCUGCUUUGAACACAGACAAAUGACACAUAUAUGUUCAGCAAUUCAUACUCUUUCAAGCAAAUCAUACAUGAUUAAACAAA